AUGGGAUAUAAACAAUACAGUUUGAUCAACAUCGAACUAAGGCGGUUGGUAAAAUUCGUCACGGAUGAUGUGACAAUUUUAACACUCGAGACUGAGAUUUGCGCACUAGGAAUUCUUAAGUGUUUUGUAGCCUCAUCCACCGAUGACCAUAAUUCGUACGGCUUAAAUGGAGAUGGCGAAGAAGUUUCCAAGCAAGGAUAUUCAAAGGCCAAGGAUCGCAGGCAACAACGUAUCGAAGAGACACAAAAACUCGUCAUGAAAAGGCUUCUUAGUAAACCUAGAAGAAAGAUAGAUGAGCUUUGCAGUGAACUUGACAGGACCUGCUUCACAAUUACUGAUAAAAUGUUUAAGCAUGGCAAUGCGUUAUUCGCGUUCAGAAGUUUGCGAAGGAAAGGACCGGAAGGUGUCUUGAUUCUGUCGCAAACGAAGCUUCAACCUCAGUUACCUCUUAAUUGGGAGAACUUCAACUCUAAGGCAUGGAUUGUAAAGAAGGACUAUGUCCGGUUGACCUAUGCUCAACUUAUGAUUGCUGGAGCAUUUUUGAGUGGAGGAUUGGAGUUUAACACUACAAGGAAACAGGAUGUGCUAAUCAUUGGACUUGGAGGAGGAGUCAUCAACAAUUACUUCACACAAAUGAAAAACCAAGUGUUAAAUGUUACCGUUGUCGAUAUUGAUCCUGUUAUGCUGAAAGUAGCCAAAAAAUGGUUUGGAUUCACGGAAUCACCUUUACAUCGCAUUGUUAUUGAUGAUGGAGUGCGAUACAUUCAUGAUGCAGCUAGAAGAGGCGAAAAAUAUGAUGUACUCAUCAUUGACGUGUGCUACAAUAUACCUCUGCCUAUGAUGUGCCCAACAAAGGAGUUUUUGGAGGACGAUUUAAUCGCCUCUAUGAAAGCAAUAACUACAGAUAACGGUGCGGUCAUUGUGAACUUAAUCGUUAAGCAGAGCGAAGAAGCCCUCAAGGCUCUUCCUCUAUAUUCCCGUCAUUAUCCUUCCUGCUACUUCAUAAAUUAUGGCAAAGAAAAGCCAAAGAGAACAACUCUUACUUUAACACUACAGAUGAACGCUUUCGCGAUAACUCCAAAACUGUGGAUAUCACUCUUGGAUUUCAGCUGUUUUCAAUUGCUUAUCCAUCGCUCUAUUGAGGUGGCCGUCAAGAAUAACGAUAGCUCUGCCAACCGCUAG